AUGGAUGGACUAAUCAGAAUGGAGAGACAAAAGUUUCCUUUCACUAUUGAAAACAUAUUGAGCAAAUAUCCAAAUAGUAAUGGAGACAGAUGGACAUGUGGGACAAGUGGUGGUGGUCUAAAAGAGAGGGCAGUGAGUCCUGUUGGAGACCAGACAGAGAGUGUUCCUCACCCGUGCUUGUGCUGUUGCUACUGCGCCCACUGUGGGGACAUAUUCAGAAAUGACUUCAUUCAUGAAGCCUGUCCGUACGGAUGGCCCCCGGCGAUGCUCUCAAACCCAUGCAGGCUGGGAGAGGCUCACCGAGAGGAGCCGUCACCCGGUCAGGCGCAGAGGCGGACCAGGCGCCACCGCACCAUUUUCACAGAGGAGCAGCUGGACGCACUGGAGGAGCUGUUCCUGCAGAACCAGUAUCCAGAUGUGAACACAAGGGAGACAUUAGCACAGCACACUCACUUAAGAGAAGAAAGAGUAGAGGUUUGGUUUAAAAACCGAAGAGCAAAGUGGAGGCGUCAGAAAAGGCUAUCAUUUGACGUGGGAAAUACAGAAAACUAG